AUGACAAAUAGGGAAGCGGACAGCCUCUAUCGGCGUGCCUUGUCUUACAACCCUGGGGCGCUCUGCGACUUGACGGAGGUCGAAGAAGCGGUGGUGACCGCGAAACGUUGUGUCAAAACCUUCGCAAAAGCCAUCCGGGAGCGAGAAUACCAUCACGCCCGGUUCUUCAUGGACGACUCGGGUCAUGAGGAGUGGAUCGAGAAGUUGCGCACGAGGCAGCUCGUCGUAGUGUCGACUGCUGCACGGCUCGAGGAGCGGAAGGCUUCUCUUGCGGCAGGAGGAAAGCCGGGACGUGAAGCGGAAGCGACCCCCGUCCCUGACGAACGGCGCAAGGUGAAAGCAGCGCCCAGAGUGAAAGCAACAACCAGGGCGAAAGCAGCGCCCAGGAUGAACGCAGUGCCCAAGUUGGACGACGCACUCCCCCUCGUAGACCAGCACUGCCCCGUAUCCCAGCGGAAACGCUCCUCUGCCGCGGCCCAGCCGCAUCGCUGGAUCAAUAGUAAGAAAUACUCCUUCAAGAACAAACGAGCCGCACACGUUACCGAAUCCCGGCGCAUUCAGGUGGUGGCUCCGUCCGCACUCGAGCUCCCCGCUACCACCGAAAACGAAUCGGACCACAGUUUUACCGAGCACGUUUCCCAGUUUGUGGACAACCAGGAGACCCAGCCGCUCCUCUCCACCAGCCACCGCCAAUACACAGACAGCCCCCCGUCAAUCCUAGCGCCCGCUUGCAGUCCCCCCAAACCUCCAACCUUUGUUUGCAUUGCAUAUAUUGCUACCAUAUCCCCCGAUGCCCGUGUGCGAUGCGCCAAGGUCUCAGAGGGGAUAUGCGGUAGUUCCCGGUGUCAGGAGCACCAGGACGAAUACGACGAAGCGCUCUCUGCGCUCCCCACGCUGGAGGACGAGUAUGGCGGGAUGGGCCAGACUAUCUACGACAUCCAUUAUCGCAGCGAGCUUACGCGCGCUCAAGUCAUGAAGGACAUCGCCGCCGUCACUCGGUAUAUUUCGCUGGCAGAUCGGAUCAUCGCGCGAAAGAAAACACUGAGGAGACUGGAUGGGUGCUGCUCCUAUGGCCAGGUGGAUAUGUCGAUCUAUUGCGACACCCGGGACGUGUACGAAAGACUCUUGGCCAGGCUGAAGAACACGCGAUCGGAAUUCAUGCGCGAUCCAGAACCAGCACCCGUUGUCACGGUACAACCUCCACGUCGGUACAUGCAGGCGCCGCAGACUACAGACCGGGAGCAAGAUACAGACCCUGAUCAAGAUACAGACUCGGACCACGAAACAGACUCGAUUCAACCUUCUCUAACCCCGCAGCGUCGCACGGAAGACGGCGGCAGGGUGGGCGCCGCAAUCGCUGCCAUGGUCGAAGGAGUGGUCGCGCACCUUGGAUGUGCAUGCCUGCACUAG